AGGCGGGGGAUUCACGGGGACGUCGGGCCCAUCGAUCCACCCUGGGUUGUGAGGCGGGACAAGGCCGGGCUACAGGUGAGGGGGUUGAUGGACACACCUGGAGUCCGUGCUGGAGCAUCUGUGGGGAACAUGGACAGGAUGUUCAAAAUUGACAUUGAAGCUACUCCAUCAAAAUCAGGAAAGAAUGAAAAACACAUUGAAAUAAGUGCCUCGUACAGACAGAAGACAGAAUUGAGCAAGAAACACAAAUCUGAAGGGAAGAAAAGGAAAAAGCAUAAAGUGAAAACUAUUUUAAACGAACCAAAUGAAUCUGAACUUUCGUCACACCCUGAAGUGUGCGGGGAUCUACAGACUGUAAAGAAAAAGAAAAGGAAAUCUAAAAGCUCAAGCACUAGUGAAGAGAAUCAAAGAUCCAAGAUUGAGGAACAAGUGACAAAGGAAGAUAAUCCACCACAAAGUGAAACUGGGGAGAGUGUAUGUGGCGGUUUAAAAAAGAAAAAGAAAAGAAAAUGCAAACAGGAGGAUGAUUGCAGCUCACAGACCAUCAGUGAGGAGAAUACGAGAAGAACACAUGAGCAUGAAGCAACCAGUGUUGUGACUGAAACCAAAUGUAAUGUUAAGAGAAUGAGAAAAGCUGGUGUCAAACAGGUGGGUGUGGAAGAAGGCCAAGCUGAUAGCACUGAGACUUCAGACGGUGCUGCAGUCACAAUGAUAGAUGUAUCGUGUGUUGCUGAGGUCAAAAGUGCAAAGAAAAAGAAGAAGCGCUCGCAUACAGAGAAUAUGGAAACACAUGAAGGUGAAAAGUCACCAAAGAAGGGAAAGAAAUCCAAAACCUCUGGCGAACUUCACUCCGGGAAUGACCAAUUCACCCAAACAUGUGCCUGGAAGCUGAAAGAGGAAAUCGUGGAGAGUCAGAUUAGUGAAACUGACAGAAAAUAUACAAAAAAGAAAAAGAGAGAGAAGCUGCAUUCCAAAAAGCAGCGGUCAGGAAGAGAAGAGAAGCAGGGAGAAGCGCUCGCAGCAGAGAAUGAGAGCAAAGGAUUGUGGCAAAGGGAACUUGCCACUGAAUGCAUUACAAAGACAAAAAAGAAGAAAAGGAAAAGAUCGGCCAGUGCUAAAGGGGAAGAGACGGGGAAAUUGGACACAGAGAGAAUUGAAGUUGAUACAACGAGUAAUGUUUGUAAAUUCCAGAAUUCCCCGUCUAAGGUGACUGUAAACAAGGAAAAGCCGGCAACGCCAUUGCACGUUCCUGAAGAAAGUGUGGAAAAGAAAAAGAAAAAGGAAAAGAAAAGGAAAAGGAAGGAACCCUCGUCUGAGACCCCAGUUUUUCAAGUAAAAACAGAGCAGUGCGACAAUGAUGAUUUGCAGUUUGUAUCUGAAAAAAAAGGAAAUGUGUUUGAAGUAACAAUAGACAAGGCUAGACGGCAGGCUCUACAAGAGGAAGUUGAUCGAGAAUCUCGUAAAACAGACACUCCAGAAGCAAGAGCCUGUCCUCCCAUCAGGCCCAUGUCCACGGGAACGCAGUGGGACUCGGCCACGUUUGGCAGUGUGGAUCAGAAAAAUAAAUUCUUAAGACUUAUGGGUGGAUUGAAAUCAUCAAAUCAACCCCAAUCAAGUGGACAUGCUUCUGGAAAGCCAAACAUGGCACUCAACAAGCAAGAAGAACACAAAUUUAACAAUAUUCUGCAAAAGGAGUUUGAUAAAGCAUUGAACCUUCGUCAGAAUCGAGGCAUUGGCCUGGGCUUCCAAUCCCCUUCACCUCGGGCACCAACAGGAGGGUUUUUUAUAGAUAAACAAGCCUCAAAAUCAAUGAAGUUUGACAAUGACUAAAAACGAUUUCAAUGCAGGUUAGUUUCAAGACGUGACAAACUGAAGCAUUUGAUGCUGUCCAAUGUGGAGUUACAUGAUGAUAUCACAGUGAGUUCAGCUCUUUGCUUCAUCUAACACAAAGCUGUUAUGUUGUAGUACUAAUGGUCUAUGGUACAGCUGGAUCCCAGCCACUUCCGUUAGGUAUUGGAGUUCGCCUUGAUCGUAGAUUGGAACUGUCCUGAGGUGACUGAAUCCAGCUUGGCAGAGCUUGCUUGCAAUUUGUAGCUAGAAGUAGUUACUUCAUUCUCUCCUCGUGAAUUUUUUUUUAUCUGGCCAAUAAACGACAAAGUUUAAAAACC